AUGUCCGUCGACCAUCAAGCCCACCCGCCGCCUCCAUCGAACCCAUCCUUAUCGGCAGUGGCUGUGAAGUUACCACAAUUUUUUGACCGCAACCCGGCCGUGUGGUUUAUCCAAGCGGAGGCGCAAUUUCAUCUCGCUGGCGUAACAUCGCAACUGACGAAAUUUUACCACGUCACCUCCGCCCUCACCCCAACUGCGGCCGAUGAGGUGUACGACGUCCUCGCCAACCCCUCGCUAACCACACCUUACGACCAGCUCAAGCAAGCCCUCCUGCAACGCACCACCUCCUCCAGCCGGUCCCGCCUUCAACAACUGCUAUCCGCUGAAGAGCUGGGAGACCGCCGCCCCACACAGCUACUUCGCCGAAUGCGGCAGCUGCUUGGCGACAAUUCCGCUACCAUGGACGACGUUCUUCUCCGUGAACUAUUUUUACAACGUCUGCCACAGAACGUUCAAAUGGUUCUGGCAACAGCAGCGAACAUGUCACUCGACCAGCUGGCUACGCUCGCAGAUGCGGUUGUUGAGGUCGCCACCCCGUCCAUCGCUGCCACCGCUGCACCACAACACCCCGUUCUUCCAACACCGUCUGCAGCGGCAAGCCCUUCUGGCUCUCCGCAAUUAGAAGACCUCUGCCGCGAGUUCCGCGCGCUUGCCUCUCUAAUUGCAGCAUCACAUGCUCCACCGCAGCAAACUCGUCAACCCUACCGUCGCCGCCGUUUCAGUCGGAGUCCACGGCGCUAUUCUCCCAGCCGCUCGAAUAGCAGAGACCGCGACGGAAGCCUGGCGACGACGAUUUGCUGGUACCAUCGCAAGUUUGGCGCCGAGGCCCGUCAUUGCCUACUACCAUGUUCUUGGCAGCAGGGAAACCCGCCCGCGGGCCAUUGAUGGCGACCAAUGGUCCAUCCUCCCAGUCCAGUCGCCUAUUUUAUAUACGGGACAAAACAUCAGCCCGCCGCUUCCUUGUGGACACCGGCGCGGAGGUGAGCGUAUUGCCAGCGAGCGGAAACGAACGACGACAGCCACCUCUCUUCCACCUCACCGCUGUUAACGGAUCUAAGAUCCCCGUGUACGGUCAACGCUCCCUCACGUUGAACCUGGGUCUCCGCCGUGUGUUCCGUUGGCUCUUCCUGGUUGCGGCUGUCUCUCACCCCAUUCUCGGCGCAGACUUUCUUAAUAACCAUCAGCUGCUCGUCGAUAUGCGCAAC